UGUUCAACAAGAAAAUGUCAAUAUAAUGGACAUAACAGUGGAAACUCCACAAAAUGUGGAACAAGUAGAGUUGGUAGAAGAGAUGCCUGGCCCUUUGGCAAAGAAAAGGAAGAAAAACGAAAGAGCAUGGAAGAAAACUGUUGCAAAAGUUGCUAGACACCGCCCGAAGGGAUUUCCACAGAUGCCUAGUUGUAAACAUUCGGCCAAAAGUAAGUACCGCUGCGCAGAACUUUCCCUGCAGGAUGUUAGAAAGAUACAUCAGCAAUACUAUAAAGACGCUGACCUUCAAUCAAAGAAGAAUUUUAUUCUUCAGCACGUCAUUGUUUUCCUCAGCAAAAAGGACUCGUCUUCCAGAAGGCUGGUUUUUUCUGAGAACUUUAACAUUGGUUUUGACGCUCCGUACACUGAUAAGUGUUCAACCUGCACAAGGCUUGAGUGUGAACUAGCCACAGAAAAAGAUGCAGGCAAGCGUGAAACACUAAAGCUAAACCUAAAAGCCCACAAAGUCCGUGCAGACAAAUUCUACAAACUUUUGCAAGAAAAUAAUGAUAAAGAGCUUAUUCUGAGCUAA